AUGGACCUCCGUGUCGUGGACCCCGCGGCGCCGGGCAACUUUGCCUCCAACCAGAUGCGGACGUCCAAGUACACGCUGCUCAACUUCCUCCCCGUCGCCUUGUACCUCGCGUUUCGCCUCUCGACCAACUUUUACUUUUUAAUCAUUGCCGUGCUGCAGUCGUGGUCGACGAUCUCGCCGGUCGGUCCCAUGACGGCCGUGACGCCGCUCGUCCUCGUCGUCGGCAUCGUUCUCCUGCGCGAGGCGAUCGAAGACCACAACCGCCACGUACUCGAUGAGAAGACCAACACGACACCGAUUCAAGUGCUGCGGAAAGGCCAGCUCUUGUCGGUGACGUGGCAGGACAUUUGUGUCGGCGACAUGGUCGAGAUUCACGACAAGGAGUCGUUUCCGGCCGACGGUCUCUUGCUGGCGACGUCCGAGGAAAAUGGCGCCUGCCUCAUUGAUACGAGCAACCUUGAUGGCGAGGCCAACCUCAAGACGCGCAUUGCACUACCGGCGACGAUGGGCUUCUCGAUCCAGUCGCCGAUACCAGCCUUUCAAGUAAAGUGCGAGUCCCCGAAUGUCGACUUGUACAAGUUUACGGGCACGCUCGCGAUCGAGUCGAAUGUCUAUGCGUUGGACGAGCAGCAGCUUGUCCCGCGCGGCUCGACGCUGCGCAACACCAAGUCAAUCUUGCUCUGCAUCGUCUACACGGGCGCCGAGACCAAAAUGAUGCUCAACGCCAAGCGACCGCACCACAAACUGAGUCAUGUCGACAGCAUCAUGAACCAAAUCGUCGUGUUCAUCUUCAUCUUCCAAGUCGCCUUGUGCGUCGCGGGGGCCAUCUACCACAACCUGUGGACGUCCGAGACGGCGUUUGAAGCCCUCUUCGUCACAGGGAACGACGAAGCCGAGAGCGACCUCGUCGCAGGCGUGCUCACGUUUCUGAGUUUUGUGGUGCUUCUCAACACGUUCAUUCCAAGCUCGCUCGUCGUGAGCGUCGAGAUUGUCAAGGCGCUGCAUGCCAAGUUUGUCGUCUGGGACCUCCACAUGAAGCUGCCCAACGGCGACGGCGCCAGCGCCAACACGCCCGCCCUCAUGGAAGAACUCGGGCAAGUCAAUUACCUCUUCUCGGACAAGACGGGCACGCUCACGGAGAACCGCAUGGAGUUUCGAAAAUGCAGCGUCGCGGGUCGCAUCUACUCGAUAUUCUCGCCGCCCCCUGCCCCCUCAAGCGGAAAGGAGCUCGAGCUGCCGACGACAACAACAACGACAAUGAGUGAAACGACGCUCCAGCACUUGUCGACGUCCAGCAUCGUCAACGCGCCCGUUCAAAGUCACCAAGCAAAGGUCUGGUCGCUCUACGAGCUCCAGGAAGCGGGUGAGCGUCCCGGGACUCCCGAAGCCACGUUUAUCCAAGCCAUGGCACUCUGCCACACCGUCCUCUGCGAGAAGAUCCCCAACGACGAUGGUGCGUUCGGAAUACAGUACAUGGCCGACUCGCCCGACGAGGGCGCCUUGGUGCGUGCGGCACGGGAGCUCGGUAUGGCAUUUACGGGCCGCAACAACCACACGAUGCUUCUGACCUCGGUCCGGGAAAAGUCGGGGUCCGGACAGGUUACGUCGUCGUUCGAGGUCCUCCACGUGCUGGCGUUCAACAGCACGCGCAAACGCAUGUCGGUCAUUCUCCGGAGUGCCAACGGCACGAUCGAGCUGCUCUGCAAAGGCGCCGACUGCACCAUUCUGGAUCUCUGCAGCGAUUUUGGGCCGCAGUCCAAAGCGUGCAUCAUGGACCACCUCAAGCAGUUUGCUCUCGAAGGCCUUCGCACUCUGUGCUUUGCGAAACGCGUGCUGACGGACGCCGAGUACAACGCGUGGAAGACGCGCUAUCAAGCCGCCGAGCUGCUCAUGCAAGGCCGCGAGGCAAGCAUGGACGCACUCGUGUGCGAAAUCGAGCAAAAAAUGACCUACGUGGCGUCGACAGCGAUCGAGGACAAACUGCAAGAUGGCGUGCCUGAGACCGUCACACGCCUCCUUCGCGCCGGCAUCAAGAUUUGGGUCUUGACCGGCGACAAGGUUGAGACCGCCGUGGAGAUUGGCCGGUCGUGCCGCGUCAUUGCCAAGGACAUGGUUGAAGUUGUGCUCCAAGGCUCGACCGUCGCCGAGCUGGCCAAGAACUUAGCGCAGCUGCAGACACGCCCCAUGACCGCUACGGUAGCCUGGGAUAUUGGCGUCGCGCCACGCUACGCGCUCAUCAUUGACGGCUUCUCGCUUUCGUUUGCGCUCAUGCCCGCCAACCGACUGCACUUUUUACAAUUCACGCUCGAGUGCGCUGCGGUUGUUGUCUGCCGCAUGUCGCCGCUACAAAAAGCACUUGUCGUCGAGCUCGUGAAGGAGAGCGUGCCCGGCGUGACCAUGGCAGUUGGCGACGGGGCCAACGACGUGUCGAUGAUCCGCGCGGCCCAUGUCGGCGUUGGUGUCUCGGGCCAGGAAGGCCACCAAGCCGUCCGCAGCGCCGACUUUGCGAUUCAGCAAUUUCGCCACCUUGAUCGCUUGUUGCUCUAUCAUGGACGACUGUCAUACUUUCGCGUGACGCAGUGCAUCAACUAUUUCUUCUACAAGAACAUUUUGUUUACGGCGCCGCAGUUCAUUUACGGCAUGUACUCGCUCUUCUCGGGCACGACGUAUUACAGCGGGCUGUACAUUCAAGCGUUCAACAUGCUCUACACAGCCGCGCCCGUCGUCGUCCGCGCCAUCAUGGAGAAGCGUCUGCCCGACUCGCUCGCGCUGCAAUUCCCUGAGCUCUAUUUUCUCGGCAACUCCAACCUCCUCUUUUCGCUACCGACGACCGUACUCAUCAGCGCCAUCGGCGUUGUCCACGCAAUCGUCGUCACGACGCUUCCCCUCGUGGCCCUCGACGCUGCACAAGGCGUGCCGUAUAUUGACAUGCAUUGCGACGGCGUCGCGACCUACAUUAGCAUCAUUUUGAUUGUCACCUUGCUCAUUUCGUUCGAGACAUGCUACUGGACGGGCUGGGUUACGUUCAGCUAUGUCGGUUCGAUCGUCUUUUUCGUCAUCUCGGGGCUGAUCUACGAUGGCAUGACGAGCGAUUUGUAUGGUGCGUGGGCACGGCUCACGGUCGCGCCCACGUUUUGGCUCACGAUUGCAUUGGCGCUCGCCAUGUGCAUUCUCCCGCUCUUAGCGCUGCAAGGGUUCCGUGAGAAUUUUGCCGAGUGCAUUGAGCCGGUCCAUAUCCUACGCCGCGCCAAGCUCUACGGCAAGGUGCGGGAUAUUCACAACAGCGAAAAGCAGCCUGGUCCGUCCACGGUUGGCGAGUAA